UGAAGCCCAAAAAGAGGAGGAUGUGCGCCAGGUGGAACACCGGGCCCUGGGCGUGAGACUCCCACUCCGCACACAGUGGGUGCCGCGAGGACGCGUGCUCCUGCGUCAAGUUUAGAGCCGCAAAGUCCGGAGGCUCCAUGACAGUCUGCACUGUGGGGGGGCGGAGGGGCUCUGUGUGCGGGCACCCGGCCCAUGAUGGACGGACAAGACCGUUCAGUUCUCUCUGAGAACCCCAUUGUCUUCACUGUCACUGUGACCUCAGACAUAGGGGAACACGGCAAAACUGUGGAAGCAACAUUAAAGUUCACCUAUACAGAGAAGUACCCUGAUGAGCCGCCAUUGUUUGAGAUAUAUUCACAGGAAAACCUGGAGGACAGAGAUGUUGAGGAACUUCUGCUGCUGCUUGAAAAAGAGGCCGAGGCCAACCUUGGCAUGGUGAUGAUCUUUUCCCUGGUGACGGCUGUUCAGGAGAGACUCAAUGAAAUUGUAGAUUUGAUGAAGAACAGGCGGGAAGAGGAGAAGCGGCAGAAAGAAAAGGAGGCAGAAGAAGCAGAGAAGGUAGCCUUCCAUGGUACAAUAGUCACUAUUGAGAAUUUCCUGGCAUGGAAGGCUAGGUUUGAUUUGGAUAUGGCAGAGCUUCGGAGAAAAAGACAGAAAGAAGAAGAGCAGAGUGGAAAACCCAAAGUCACAGGUAAACAGCUGUUUGAGAGGGAUCACAACCUGGACACAUCUGACAUUCAGUUCCUGGAAGAUGCUGGGAACAGCGUUGAGGUGGACGAGUCGCUGUUCCAGGAAAUAGAGGACCUGGACUUGGAAGAAGAUGAUCCCGACUUUGCUCCUUUAGAGAUUGGCAGUGAUGAUGACUGACUCCAGGACCUCAGUGGACUGUCGGAACCAGUUCUGCUACUGAGCACGGUUUUCUCUACUCAUUUCUAAAGACUUCUGUCGUCAGCCUUGAAUUAAUUUCUGUUCCCAGAACAUUAAAGUUUGCAGUGAAAUCCUG